CAUCAGCCAGCGACGUCGUCUACGGCGCCAAACCCCGCCAUUGCUGAGCCGCCGCAAAAAAUAUCUCUUUGUUGUUCCUUUUUUUAUGCUUUUAUCCGCACACGUCUGCGACAUUAAGAGCGACGAACGACGCAUUCUCGGUGUUGGCGGACUUAAACCAACACCAUUUAUUCGCUCACGCAAAAGAUUUACGUCGUCAAGCGUGAGUUUGCGGGGGAGAGAAAAUGUGCAAAAUCCAAAAGCUGAGGGAUUUGGUGGAUCAGCGACUCAACGCCGCCGUGGAAGAAAUAUUUGGUGUGUUUAAAAGAAUCAUCGCGGAGUACGAGGAGGAACUUUCGAGAACAAAGGAGCAACUGGACGCUGUGAGGUCUGUGGAUUAUAGGCUCCACAAAGGAGCAGAUGUCCUGCAGGUGUCAAUAAAGACAGAAGAAGAAGAAGAGGUCCCCUCCGAACGGCAGGAUUGGAGCUUCAGCGUGGAGCAGGAAGAGCUAGAACCCCCUCACAUUAAAGAGGAAGAGGAGGAGCCAUGGCAGCAGCUUCAAUGGUUAGGGGAGGCUGAUGAUGAAGAUGAAGCUCAGUCUUUACUGUUUCAUCACAGUCAAUGGGAGGCAGACAGAGGGGGGGAGCUUCUAAGUCAUCACAUGACAACAGAAGAUGAUGAAGAGCAUUGCGAGGAAAUAAACUCAGAACCAGGCAGCCUCUUUGCUCCACUGUCAGACCUGGACGACAUGAUGUCAGAUUCUUCGGAGACCGCCGAUCACAGCGAUGACACACCGCUGAAGAGUAUGAAGGACUCUAAAGCUGAUAUGAGACAUCUCAAUGUUGACCAACACUUUGAAUGCUCUCAAUGCGGUAAAACAUUUGGGCAAAAGGGGUAUUUGCUCAGACACAUGAUAACACAUUCUGGAAAGAAACCAUUCGCUUGCCCAUUUUGCGCGAAAAGAUUCUUCUUUAAGGAUUAUUUGACCAGACACAUGACGGUACAUAAAAGAGAGCACGCAGACGGCAACUUUGCUCCACUGUCAGACAUGAACAACGUGGCGUCCGACUCUUCCGUGACCGACCACAGCGAAGACACCAAAGCACCAACGAAGAGUAAUAAGGACUCUCGAGGUGAUUGGCGACGUCGCACAAAGCGCAAACCCUUUGAGUGCCCUCAAUGCCGGAAGACGUUUACCAAAAAGGGUGGCAUGAUAGUACACAUGAGGAAACACAACGAAGUGAAACGUUUCGCUUGCUCGGUUUGUUCCAAACAAUUCCUCACCAGAGGGUACAUCAACAAACACAUGAGAAUACACACCGGCGAGAAGCCGUUCCAUUGCGGUGUGUGCAAUAGAAGAUUCACCUUCAAGGAGGGUUUGAGGCAACACCACUGCUCCGGUGACAAAAAACCCGGUCAAUGAAGUUUCCGUACUUUUUGUCCACGUGUUGGUUUACUUAGUGUAUAUGACAUCUGUGCUUUAACAAACUAUACAUACAUGGUUUUGGAUAUAUGUAAACAAAAUGGAAACAUGUUGCCACUGCAGACUAAAAUAAAUAAAUAAAUAAAUAAA